AUGGUCGUGGCAUCGUGUCCGGGAAAAGUGCUGAUUCUUGGUGGUUACCUAAUAGUUGAGGAGCCAAAUGUUGGUAUUUCCGUAGGAACAACCGCGCGCUUCGUGACACGUGUGGCGUCGUGGAAAAAAUGCUCUGAUGGAAAGUGUCGAGUGCACAUCGUCUCGUCACAGUUCAACAAGGAGUUUACGUUUGAAUGCGCGGCUGAAGAGGACAGUGAUUCCACUAUCAAGAUUGUGCAAUUAGAGGGUGCACCAUCGCCGUUUCUCUUCUACGGUAUUUUGUACUCGGUUGCCGGCGCUCUAUUAUUUGGUGGUGAUAUUUUUCGUGAUGUUACCCUAGAGUUGUUGGCGGAUAACGAUUUCUACAGCCAAAGGAAUUAUUUGGAGUCCCAAGGCAAGCCGGUGACCGCAGCCAACCUGCGGCUCAUCCCCCGUUAUACGCCCCUCUUGGGGGAGGUUUCCAAAACUGGUCUAGGAUCUUCAGCGGCAAUGACCACUAGUGUCGUAGCGUGCCUGCUCCAACUUUAUGUUUUUGAUUCGAAGAAAAACAAUGCCACUGAGUCCGUGGAGAGGGCACCGGAGCUACCUCUACGUUUGGAGGAUGUAACAGAGUUUAUUCAUCGUAUUAGUCAGGUUGCCCACUGCGUAGCACAGGGAAAAGUGGGGAGCGGGUUUGAUGUCUACACGGCCACGUUCGGGACGUGUGUGUACCGACGGUUCUCCGCACGCGUGCUGGAAAAGCUCGUAAAGGGUAAUGAACCUCCGAAGCGCGUCACUAUUCCUCUUUUACGUGAGUGUGUCGAGACGGAUGAAGUGUGGGUUCAGAGGAUACCCUUCCGGCUUCCUACCGGGUUGCAGCUUCUUUUAGGGGAUGUACACAAGGGAGGAACAGAAACACCUGGCAUGGUGUCGAAGGUCAUGUCAUGGAGGCGGUCGGUGACCACGGACCCCAACAGCUUGUGGGAGCGACUUCGCAUGAGUAAUGAAAAAUAUGUAGAGGCGCUCCAGGGGCUAAUCAAACAGUCUCAGGAGGCCCCGGUUGCAUACACCGAGGCAGUGAAAAAUUUGAAGAGCGUCGUAUUGGCUAAACACAACCCCUCCACGGAGGCUGAGAGGCUAUGGGUGGAGGCGGCGUCAGUUGCCUCAACAAGUCGCCGUUACCUUAGGGAGAUGGGAGAGGCGGCUCAGGUGCAAAUAGAACCUCCCGAACUCACCUCACUCCUUGAUGCCACGUGCUCUAUUCCCGGUGUGUUUGCCGUGGGUUGCCCUGGCGCUGGCGGAUAUGACGCCGUGUUUGCCUUAGUUCUCGGCGAGGAGGUUUGCUCUGCGGUGGAGCGCUUCUGGGAGUGCUACAAUGACCUUCAGGUAUGUCCUUUGCUAGUGCGAGGGGAUGCAAAUGGGCUUGUUCUUGAUUAA